UGCGGCUCCGAGGCGGGACACGUCGGCUCCGCUGGGCGAGGUCGGGUCGGGCGGGGCCCAGGGGUCUGCAGGGCUAGGGGCAGGUUACAGCAGCUGUACCCUUCACGACGCAGACAUGGCGGCCCAGAAGGACCAGCAGAAGGAUGCCGAAGCGGAAGGGCUGAGCGCCACGACCCUGCUGCCAAAGCUGAUUCCCUCCGGCGCAGGCCGCGAGUGGCUGGAGCGGCGCCGGGCGACCAUCCGGCCCUGGGGCACCUUCGUGGACCAGCAGCGCUUCUCGCGACCCCGCAACCUGGGUGAGCUGUGCCAGCGCCUGAUACGCAAUGUCGAGUACUACCAGAGCAACUACGUGUUCGUCUUCCUGGGCCUCAUUGUGUACUGCGUGGUGACAUCCCCCAUGCUGCUGGUGGCCCUGGCCGUCUUCUUUGGCGCCUGUUACAUUCUGUAUCUGCGUACUCUGCAGUCCAAGCUUGUGCUCUUUGGCCGGGAGGUGAGCCCUGUUCAUCAGUACGCUCUGGCCGGAGGCAUUUCCUUCCCCUUCUUCUGGCUGGCUGGUGCAGGCUCUGCCGUCUUCUGGGUCCUGGGAGCCACCCUGGUGGUCAUUGGCUUCCAUGCUGCCUUCCACCAGAUCGAGGCUAUGGAUGGGGAGGAGCUGCAGAUGGAGCCAGUGUGAGGCGUCUUCAAGGCCUUACUGGCCUUCAGGGCCAGCUGACCCAUCCCUGUCCAUCCUGCCCCACACUGCCCUGCUGCUUGGGCCAGGGCUGCCUCCCGUCACGAGCCCAGGGAGGGGUUCCACCUUUAGAAAUAAAGCCAUUGCAGUCCCCGUCCA